UUUGGUGGUUAAAAGUUCACCCUGUAUAAAAUUUUUAAGUAAAAAGAAAUAUGUACCUACCUAUGAUUAAGACGAAAAAAGAGACUAAACGUCGAAGUAAGGUAACAUUAUUGUGUCUGGUUUUUAUAAUUUUAAUUAUAAUUUCAGUAAUUAAAACCGAUACUCUAUAAAUUCCAUUCAAUACGUAUCGUAACAGUCACCACAGUUUCGACCGGUAAAAGCCAGUUAUCGUUACCCAUGCGCAAAUAAAUGAGUGUAGCUUCAUUGUUUAUUACUCGAUCUGUAUGUUUUAAGGCUCAUUAUAUUCCUUGAUAAUGAAGCAAUAUGUUUUAUAUUAAACAAAAUUUGCGAAAUGCUAAUAUUUACGGAGAUUUUUACAAAAUAAAAAAUAAUAAUUUUAUAAAAAAACUGUUUUUUGUGAUUAUUUUUUUUCCUAUAGGUUUCACGUAAAUAUUUGUAGAAAAGGAAAUAAUCUCCAUAAUAUAAGCUAUUAUUUGACACCUCGAUGAUUAAAAUCGGUUAAGUGGUUUUCGAGAUACACCGCCAAAAAGAAUAGGUCCGGCCGCCAUCUUUGUGACGUCAUUACUAUCCCCUCCACCAUUUUUCCGCUUUACUACCGCAUGUACGGUGAUCAGGAGAACUGUCCGAACACAUUGAUACCGGUUGUGGGUAAGGCCGAGCUGAGUCAAUUAAAUCUGGCCUCUGAGCGGCUUGGCGACCGUACUAAUUAUACAAAAUGACUUUUACUGUGAUGACUUAUUAACAGGGGCAGACUCUGAAUCAGAGCUGCUUCAAAUACAAGCUGGCGUCUCACAGUCUUUAGCCUCUGGUUGCUUUAAUCUGCGUAAAUACCGUUCAAAUUCAAACGCGUUAUUAAAGUCAGAUUUCAUUAAUCAAGAUGAUCAUCUAGCUUUGAGUCAAGCCUGUCAAACACUUGGACUAGGGUGGCAACCUAGCCAAGAUAUAUUAAAUUUUUCAAUUAAAAAUGAUCACUCUGAUGAAAAGGCCACAAAAAGAACAAUUCUAUCUAAAACCUUCCAAGUAUUUGAUCCCUUGGGUCUUUUAAGCCUAUGUACAGUCAAACCUAAAAUAUUAAUACAAACUUUGUGGAAAGAAGGCAAAUCUUGGGACGAACCAGUUUCUCCUGAAAUACAGCGAAUCUGGUCUCGAUUUAUUAAAAAUUUGCAUCACAUUAAAGCACUCAGUAUACCUAGAUAUGUAUUGUGCGAGGCACCCUCCACAAUAGAGUUGCAUUGCUUUUCUGACGCUGCAGAGACUGCAUAUGCAGCCUGCAUUUAUGUAAAAAUUAUUUCUGACACGGGUGAACAACAAGUCCACCUGUUGUGUGCGAGAGACAGAAUAGCUCCAAUCCGGCGCACAAGCAUACCGAAAUUAGAAUUAGCUGGAUGCUUGUUAGCGGCACAAACAUAUGCAGCCGUAGUAAGAGCCUGGAGGCGUCCUGUCUCUCGCACUAUAUUCUGGACUGACUCUAGCUGCUGCCUGGCUUGGCUAAAGACAGACAGAGCCAAACUUAAAACGUUUGUAGCAAACAGAGUGGCCGCUAUAGCCAGUCUCACGUCCGGAGCCACCUGGAGACAUGUGCCUACAAAAGAAAAUCCAAGUGAUCUUGCAACACGUGGUGUGGAUCCACAGCAUGUCUCUGGGAACGCUCUGUGGUGGGGGGGCCCCGAGUUUCUAUUAAAGCCUGAAAAGGAAUGGCCAGAGCUAAAUUCAGUAGAACCGGAGGUCUUGCCUGAACUCAAAGUAACGUCUAUGCUAACAAGCAUCGACAAUGAACCAUCUAUCAUAGAUUUUGAUAGAUUUUCAAAAUAUAAAAGGCUACAACAUACUGUGGCUUAUGUGCGCCGUUUCAUAAAUAAUUGUAAGCCUAGCCUGCCCAAACUAACUGGCUCGCUAUCGUCACAAGAACUUACAGACUCUUUACAUACUUUAGUUAAAAUUGCACAACAGCAGUCAUUUGCCUCUGAACUUGAAACGAUGCGCAAAGGUCACAGGUUGAGUCCUAGAUCACACGUUAUAACCUUGAACCCAUUUAUUGACUCACAAGGCCUCUUGAGAGUCGGGGGAAGGCUAGAUGCUUCAGAUUGUAGUUAUGAACAGAAGCAUCCCAUGUUGUUACAUGCUAAACACACACUAACCAAACUCAUUUUUACACAUGAACACAUACGUCUCCUACAUGCAGGACCACAGCUAUUGCUAUGCUCAGUGCGGGACUUGAUAUGGCCGGUCGGAGGCAGAAACCUCGCGAGAAGCACGGCCCACAAUUGUGUCACUUGUAAAAGAAUCGCUGGCCAAACUUUAAAAAAUAUAAUGGGCAAUUUACCAGCGCAACGCUUAAAUGCUGAUUUUCCAUUCACGUCAACAGCUGUAGACUUAGCCGGUCCUUAUUUAAUAACAGAUCGCCGUGGGCGUGGAUGUAAAAUCACGAAAUGUUAUCUGUGUCUAUUUAUAUGUUUAAGAUAUAAAUGUGUUCACUUAGAGGCUGUGAGCGACUUGUCUAAAGAUGCAUUUGUGCUAGCACUCCGCAGAUUUAUCGCCAGGCGCGGCAAACCUGCGGAGCUGUUUUGUGAUAAUGGUAGAAAUCUAGUAGCUGCAGCUAAAGAAAUAAAUGAUUUCUUUAAAUUGUAUGAAAACGAUAUAUCUGAAUUUGCAGCUGGUCAAGGUAUGAAAUUUAAAUUUGCACCAGCUUAUGCACCUAACUUUAAUGGCUACGCUGAGGCCGGCAUUAAAAGCGCUAAAUUUCACCUCAAACGAAUUUUGGGUAACACACAUCUCACCUUUGAAGAGCUUUCGUCUCUUUUUAGCCAAGUGGAGGCAAUUUUGAACAGUAGGCCUCUCUGCCCACUCUCCUCCUCCCCUAAUGACUUUUACCCCCUUACUCCCGGGCACUUUCUCAUUUGUAGGCCGCUCACGUCGCUGCCGUCGCCGCCCCUGCAGGACCGGAACCCGAACCGCCUGGACCGCUACCUGAGGCUGGAGCAGCUGCGGCAACACUUCUGGAAGCGCUGGUCGGCCGAGUUCGUGUCCCUGCAGCAGCAGCGCUACAAGUGGCGCGAGAGGCAGCGCGAUCUACGGCUGGGAGAACUCGUACUCAUCAAGGAGGAAGGCUUGCCGCCGUUGCUAUGGCGCAUGGGCAGAGUCGUCAAACUAUAUAACGGAAAGGAUGGCGUGCCACGCGUUGCAGACAUCAAUACCGCUAGAGGGAUAGUCAAGCGAGCGCUCAACCGAAUGUGCCCGCUGCUUGUACAACAGAGAGAGUCCUGAAAGAUGGAUCUUUCAGCGCCCCGGAGUAUGUUAGCGCUGUGGCAACACCCCUAGUUUUUCUACAACCAAUGAUUGAUGGAGAUGCGGCUCCAAUCUGCCAACAUAGACGACAGAACGGCGGCCAACCAGAGAGCGCGAUGCCAGCGCCGAAGUUUCGCAUAUGAGACGCAUCGACGUGCACCGCGACCCGAGCAUCGACCUCUUGCAUCUUAACCACUGAACUGAACGCGCGUGUCCUAGACAAAGAACCUGUAGUAACUUCUUGUAAUACACCAUUAAAAUAAUGGUACUUCUUUAAA